AUGAAGGAAACAAAAGACGGCGACAAACGAAGCGAUGGCAACGAACCUCAUCAGUAUCAGGCCGGCUCAACUACACAUCGCGAGGAGGAUGAAUGGAAGCUCCGUCCCCCCUACCGGUUACGCGACAAGGCCGAGAAUUUCCCCGUGAAGUGGAAGGGCAAGUGUCACUGCGGCGCCGUCCAGUACGAGCUCAGCCGCGAGAAGCCUUUGGCCUCCAAGUACUGCCACUGCACGACCUGCCAGCGAAUGCACGGCGCCCCCUUCCAAUGGGCCGCCAUCUUCCACAAAGAGGACAUCAACUUCACCAACGGCCACCACGACCUGGGCUGGUACGAUCCCACGGCAAAAUCGACAACCCAUCACCUGCCCUGCAAGGUGCAGUGCGCCUACUGUCGGACCCCGAUCAUGGACGAGGGACGAAACAUGAUCCUGCUCUUUCCAACGCUGAUUGAGGGAAUCAACACGCCAGAGGGCAGAGAGGCCUUCAAGGCACAAUGCCAUAUGUUUUACCCACAGAGGGUUAUUGACAUUAAGGAUGGGCUGCCCAAGUUCAAGGGCUUGGCGGAUGAGAGUCCGAGGGUGGACGAGGAGACGGGAGAAGAGAUACCCGGGUCGGAGCCGAAGAAGGGGGAAUAG